CUUGACUAUAUUUAUGAUAUUAGCAACCACGUUGGAUAAAAGCAUUUCGAUCCUUAGCCGUUUCAAGCAACAUGUCUACUACACGAGUACACGAAUCCUGUGUCAUCAAGGCCCCGAUCGAGAAGAUCUGGACCUCAGUGCGCAAUGGUCAGUUUACCUUCUGGUCAUCUCUUAAGUCUGCUGAGGUGUCUGGAGUUGAAGGCCAAGUUGGUGGCACCAUCACGUUGACCUUCAAGGACGAUACCGUCCAGGUAGUUAAGAUCCUGGAGAUCUCCGACUAUCUCCACACACUCACGUACGAGCUGGUAAGCUCUGAGCCCGCUAUCAGUGUAAUGUCAGCCAUCCACACCAUCAAGCUCAACAAAGUGACUGUAGACAACAGCACCUUCUGCGAGUGGAUCUCCGACUAUAGCAGCGAUGUUAACCAGAGUGUGAUCCAGGACAGUCUGUACAAAAGACGCGAGGCUUUCGCGGAUAUGGCUUCUGCGCUCGAAUAGAGUGCUCUGCUCGCAUUUCAGGCACCUUUGUACGAAAGCGAAACGGUUUGGGAUGUGUAGAUGCACGAACGGUGUACUGCCACCACUGAGAUGAAGUUAGUUCAACUGCACUCGUGUCUAUAUGUUGCAGUGACGAAAACGGGCGUAGAUGUGGUAGCAUACUGUGUGUGCGCGUACAUAGACGAGCGUGGAAGCCAUGUGCUUUAUAAUACGGCGAGCCAUGUUCCUAAACCCCGUGAUUUGGUCGAGUUUGGGUUAUGAGAGUACUAAAGUAUGCAACAAGGGGUUUUAAUGCGAUCCACAGGCGCCCUGUGACACUAAACCAUGCUGAGGUGGUUACGCUACAUAGCUCGUGAAUAUCACUCUUCUCGGCUUCAUAUUAAUCAGAGGUAUUGUUUCAAUACCAAAUAAAGAGAAGAGAAUACUCUCAAUAACA